AUGGACAUUACACAUUUGAUCAGUCAUAAUUCGAAUCCUUUGAAUAAACAAAAACCACCAUCACCAUUACCAAUAUCACCUCGUCACGAAACGUUAACAUAUACACAUUUACAAAAAAGACAAAGUCUUCCUCAUAUGAUGACACCACCACAAGUUCAUCGUGGACAAGACCAUCAUCUUCCACCAUUUCUUUCACCACCACUUUCACAUGCAUCUCAACCACCUAUAAGAGAAAAUAUAAAUUCAGGUUUUGAAGAACUUAAAAGUAUAGUACCAAGUUGUCGUGGAUGUGCAGAUUCUAAAGCUAUUAUAUUACGAAAAGCGGCACAUUAUAUUCAAGCAUUAGAAGCACAAAUACAGAAAUUAAAACAAUCCAGUAGUGGAUCAACGACACCAAACACAUCAUCAGUUACGACGCCACCAUUAGUAUCACCUGUGAUGUCGGUAAAAUCCAUUCCUUCAGGUCAUAUACAUAUGCACGGAGGUGUAAAUGGUAAUUCGAUGUACGCAAUAAAUGAAUUUAAUCAAAGAAUAGGAGAAGAAAAAAAAUUACAACAACAAUUAGAACAACAAAAAUUUAUGGGUCAAUGGCAAACGAACAGAUUAAAUCAUCAAAAUUAUUUACCACCAGAAUCUUCUUCAUAUCAACAACAACAAUCGAAUCAAUCACAACAACAACAACAACAUAAUAAUAAUAAUAAUAAUAAUCAACAUCAUCAUCAAAGAAAUCUUUCUUAUCCAAUACCUCGUCAUCAUUCUCAAUAUCAUUAUUCACAUCAUGAUCAACAACAAUUAAAAACUGAAAAUAUGGAUUGGAUUCCUGGAGGUGAUAAAAAUCAUCAUCAUCAUUAUAAUAAUUAUGAAACAAAGAUACAUCAACCUUAUCAUAGAAAUUAUCAUCCUUAUCAUUCGGAUAUUAAUUCUUCACCUUCAAGAACAAGUUCACCGCAUUCCAUGGGGAGAUGA